AUGAGGGCCUCAGAAGGGUUGCAGUCCGUCUUGACUGCCACCGGAGGGUUUCUGCCGAAGCAAGAUCCCACUUCAAACGUUGAAUUAGCCUCAAGGCAGCCAUUGUGCGGUGAUCCAGAAGGCUGGGGUCCUGUGAACCCUGUAAGAUGGGAUUUUACGCCUUGCUUUCUGGACAUAUGGAUUGUGGGCGUCUCUCUCUGGGGUAUCCUGUUUGGAGCCGGCGCCAUCUGGUAUCUAUUCGCCAAACGCGUGGUUCAGGAUGUCACUAAAAACUGGCAUUUCUACGCAAAACUGUCUGUGAUUGCUGCGAUCAUUGUCACGACUAUCCUUCAAGCUGCCUUCCAGAUCCAACGGCUUCCGGGAAUAUGGUACCAGGAUAUAAGGUUUUAUACUUCGAUCGCCACGAUUAUCUCACUCUUCGUCAUCUUUACUGUACAAUACCACGAACAUUGGCGGUCGCGGAAUCCGAAUGGCGUUGCACUGUUUUACUGGGUAUUCUUCAUUUUGGCAUAUGCUGUGAAGCUGCGCUCGUUGGUGGAAAGAGAAGCAUACAAGACUCGUCUCCCUUAUUUCAUCACAUUCAAUGUUACCUUGGGUUUGGCCGUCGUGGAGUUCAUUCUGGAAUAUCUUGUCCCCAAGAAACAGAGCGCCUACGAUGCUCUGGGAGCCGACGACGAAUGUCCCUACGAAUAUGCCGACGUCUUCUCUGUCCUGACUUUUGCGUGGAUGACUCCCUUGAUGAAGUUUGGGUAUAGCCAUUAUCUCACUCAGGACGAUCUAUGGAAUCUACGACAUCGAGAUACCACAAAAGUCACCAGUGAUAAGCUGCAAAAGGCAUGGGAGUUGGAACUGGAAAAGAAGAAGCCGAACUUGUGGUUUGCUUUGGGUAGGGCAUUUGGCGGCCCCUAUCUGCGAGGCGCCCUCAUAAAAGUCAUCAGUGACUGUCUUUCUUUCGUUCAGCCGCAGCUCCUGCGGCUGCUGAUCACUUUUGUGGAUUCAUAUCGACCUGGUCGUGACCGCCAGCCUGCCAUUCGAGGCGUCGCCAUUGCAUUGGCGAUGUUUGCCACCUCGGUUUGCCAAACUGCUGCCCUCCAUCAAUAUUUCCAGCGUGCUUUCGAGACAGGCAUGCGGAUCAAGUCUUCCCUUACGGCCAUGAUAUAUGCAAAGUCGCUGCGACUUUCGAACGAGUCACGGGCGAAGAAGAACACUGGUGACAUUGUUACCUACAUGAGUGUGGAUCAGCAGCGUCUCGCGGAUUUGGCUCAAUGGGGUCAGCAGGUGUGGUCCGCACCAUUUCAAAUCACACUUUGUAUGCUUUCCCUCUAUCAAUUGGUGGGUGUCUCGUGUUUUGCCGGGGUAGCGGCCAUGAUCAUCAUGAUACCUCUCAACGGCUUCAUUGCUCGAUUCAUGAAGAAGCUGCAGUUGGCGCAGAUGCAGUACAAAGACCGCCGGUCACGACUGAUGACGGAAAUUCUAAACAACAUGAAGGCAAUCAAACUCUACGCAUGGGGCUCUGCCUUUAUGGAGAAACUGAGCCACGUGCGGAAUGACCUCGAACUGAACAAUCUGCGGAAGAUUGGGGCAGCUCAAUCUUUUGCAACCUUCACUUGGUCAUCCACGCCGUUCUUCGUGUCCUGCUCAACCUUCGCCGUGUUUGUGCUGGUUAACGAUACUCCGCUGACGACUGACCUGGUGUUCCCUGCGUUGACACUGUUCAAUCUCCUAACCUUUCCUCUCACCGUCCUACCCAUGGUCAUCACCAGCUUCAUCGAGGCAUCCGUUGCUGUUCGCAGGCUUACUGACUAUUUUACUGCGGACGAACUUCAGGAGGAUGCCGUCAAGAUGAUUGACGAACCGCCAAGCCAGCCGGGAGAAAGCAGCGUUUUGAUUCGUGACGCUACCUUUACUUGGGAUAAGGACCAAGAUAAGAAUGUCUUGGAGAGAAUCAACUUCAACGCGAACAAAGGAGAAUUGACCUGCAUUGUUGGGCGUGUCGGUGCUGGCAAAUCCUCACUACUCCAGGCCAUUCUGGGCGACCUCCGAAAACUCCAAGGCGAGGUUAUUGUGCGUGGACGCAUUGCAUAUGCAGCACAAUCGGCAUGGAUUAUGAACGCAAGUGUCAAAGAAAACAUCAUAUUUGGCCACCGAUGGGAUCCUCACUUCUACAACCAGACGGUCAAUGCCUGUGCCCUUGUGGAUGAUUUUAGGCAAUUGCCAGAUGGGGACCAGACUGAAGUGGGCGAGCGCGGCAUCUCGCUUUCCGGAGGCCAGAAGGCUCGAUUGGCGUUGGCGCGGGCAGUCUAUGCGAGAGCAGACGUGUACCUCCUUGAUGAUGUGCUAUCCGCAGUGGAUCAGCAUGUUGGGCGCCAUCUUAUCAACAAUGUCCUUGGUCCCAGCGGGUUGUUGAGCGGGAAAGCCAGGAUUCUGGCUACCAACGCCAUCACCGUCUUGAAGGAGGCAGACUACAUGUACUUGCUCCGUGACGGUACGGUGCUCGAGAAGGGAACCUACCAGCAGCUCAUGGCCAUGAGAGGAGAAGUAGCGAACCUGAUCAAGUCGGCAAUUCAGGAGGAGGAACAGAUGUCGGAAGGGGAAAGAAGUCCUAGUAUUGAAGGCAUCGAUUCCGACGAGUCUACGACCGCCGUCGAGAGUGCUGUUCAGGACGAGUACGAUGCCGAGGAGGCGGAAGAAUCGCGUCAACAUGUCGGUGACCUUGCACCAAUUCGUGCCGGUCCGACUGGGCCAUCAACGAAGAGAUCGACGAGCUUCAACACCUUGCGACGUGCUUCGACCGCAAGUUUCAAAGGGCCUAUGGGUCGUUUGACAGACGAGGAAGGCGGAUUGAAGAGUAAGCAGACCAAAGAAACUUCUGAGCAAGGUAAAGUCAAGUGGUCGGUCUACAUGAGCUACGCGAAAGAGAGCAAUCUCGUUGCCGUUAGCAUUUAUCUUGUUGCGCUCCUGGCGGCACAAACGGCUCAGAUCGCGGGCAGCUUUUGGCUGAAGCGAUGGUCUGAAAUCAAUGAAUCGUAUGGUGCCAAUCCUGAGGUCGGGAAAUACAUUGGCAUUUACUUUGCCUUCGGAAUCGGAGGCGCCGCUCUUGUGGUUGUCCAGACCCUCCUCCUCUGGAUCUUCUGCUCGAUUGAGGCUUCGAGAAAAUUACAUGAUCGCAUGGCAUACGCAAUAUUCCGGUCUCCGAUGAGCUUCUUCGACACGACUCCGGUCGGUCGUAUCCUCAACCGCUUCUCAAGUGACAUCUACCGAGUUGAUGAGGUGAUUGCUCGCACUUUCAAUAUGCUCUUCGUCAAUACCGCCAGAGCUCUCUUUACCAUCGGCGUUAUCGCUGCGGGAACCCCGAUCUUUCUUGUCCUGGUGAUUCCCUUGGGUGCCGUGUACAUCGUGUACCAGAAGUAUUACCUUCGGACAUCGCGCGAGUUGAAACGGCUUGACAGCGUAAGCCGGAGUCCGAUCUAUGCCCAUUUUCAGGAAACUCUUGGAGGGGUGUCCACAAUCCGGGCAUAUCGGCAGCAGAUACGCUUCCUGUUGGAGAAUGAAUGGCGUAUGGAUGCCAAUUUACGGGCCUAUUUCCCAUCAAUCAGUGCCAACAGGUGGCUGGCGGUCCGCUUGGAAUUUAUUGGAUCCGUCAUCAUCCUGGCAGCAGCCAUCUUUGCCAUUGUCACAGUGACAACAGGGGGCGGGCUGUCGGCCGGUAUGGUGGGCCUUGCGAUGUCAUAUGCCCUGCAGAUUACACAGUCAUUGAACUGGAUUGUUCGACAGACGGUGGAGGUCGAGACCAACAUUGUAUCCGUAGAGCGUGUGCUCGAAUAUGCCAACCUGCCGAGCGAAGCUCCCGAAGUUAUUUUCAAGAGCCGACCGAGCAUUGGGUGGCCUGCGCAUGGCCAAAUUACCUUCAAGGACUACUCAACACGAUACCGCGAAGGCCUGGAUCUUGUGUUGAGGGACAUAAACCUGAGCAUCAAACCGCGCGAAAAGAUCGGAGUGGUUGGACGCACAGGAGCUGGAAAAAGCUCGUUGACCAUGGCAUUGUUCCGUAUCAUCGAACCAGUAACUGGACAUAUCAGUAUUGACGGGUUGAACACAUCGACGAUCGGGUUGCUAGAUUUGCGAAGACGUCUUGCCAUCAUUCCUCAGGACGCUGCUCUUUUUACCGGGACAAUCCGCGACAACCUAGAUCCUCGCCAUGUACACGAUGAUACGGAGCUCUGGAGCGUGCUUGAACAUGCUCGCCUGAAGGAGUAUGUCUCGAGCAUGCCCGGUCAAUUGGAUGCAGAAAUUCACGAAGCUGGCUCCAAUCUCAGUCAAGGACAACGACAGCUUGUGUCUCUAGCGCGCGCCUUGCUUACUCCUAGCAACAUUUUGGUACUUGAUGAGGCAACAGCUGCAGUCGACGUCGAGACGGACAAGUUGCUGCAAGCUACUCUUCGAAGCAACAUUUUCGAGAACCGAACCAUCAUCACCAUUGCACAUCGCAUCAAUACCAUUCUAGAUUCCGAUCGGAUCGUGGUGCUGCAGCAAGGACGAGUCGCCGAGUUCGACACCCCGGAAGAGCUGAUUAGUAGGCGUGGACUGUUCUACGAACUUGUCCGCGAGGCGGGUCUGCUUGACGGCUUUGGAAAUGGCAGUACUGCCACGAAGCAAAAUUAA